AUGGCAACAACAAGUUAUUUUAGUUUUACAAAUGAUGAAAAAGAAAUGAUAAACAAGAUGCUUUAGCUAUCUUCAAAAGAAUACUAAUAAUUUCAAAAGAAUUUAGAUGCUCUUUUAGAUACAUCGAAAAUGUGUGAUGAACAUUAACUUGCUUAUUUAUUUUAUGAUGAUAGAUAAUUCUAUUGCCCUAAAUGUUUGAUUAUAUAUAAGCCAAAAGUCUAUCAUUAUGUUGAAGAAUUAAAUUAAUAAUCGAUGGAAAACUUAAAAAUAGAACUAAAUCAAUAUUAGGAUUGCCAAGUAUAUAAUUAUUGAUUUAAAAGUUCCCUUAAAUUAAUUUUGAAUAGAGAGCUAAAUCCAUCAGAGAGUAAAUAAAUACUAAUAAUAAAAAUUAAGGAAAUGUAAAAGAAUCAUUCAUUAUUUAGAAUUAAAUAAACAAUCAAGUUUGUGAGUCUUUAAUAGAGUACUAAUAAUAAAAUUCUGAUAUUUAAAUUAAUUAAUUUGAAUCCUAAAAUUCAUUAAUUGAUGCUUUAGAAAAAAGAAGAAAAUUUGUUGAAGUCUAAAAAUUUAUAUCUUAUAUUUCUAUUGAAAAAAACAAUAGAAAAGUACAUGAUGAUAUGCAUACUACUGAUGAUACAAUGAGACCAAAAUUGGAAUCAAUUAUAGAUUAAUCAAGGGGUGGGAACAAUUUUGAUUCCAUUUUAAAAAAAUUUCUAAGGAAUUAAUAAUGAUU